AUGCCUGGCAGAGUUCGACAGUGGCCUUGGGACGAAUACCCUCAAAAAAAUAUCAACGAUGAGGACUUUCGCAAAGCCAAAGAAGCUAUCAUCCGCGAACACGGAGCUGAAGCUCUUCGAAAGAGCUGGAUUGAAGUCUGUGGUCGGCUGUCGUUGAUCACGGAGGAUAUCUCGGUGAAUGGCAACAAGCUCAUACCCAUCGUUCCAGCAGACAUUGUCCUCGAAGAGGGAUUCUCGCCCGAGGUGGAACAACGCAUCCGAGAAACAGGCUGUGUUGUUGUCCGUGGUGUCAUACCAGAGCCAACAGCUCGCCAGCUAUAUUCGGACCUCAAGCAAUAUGUGUCCGACAACCGCAGUCAGAUCAAAGGUUGGCCCGAGGAAAGCCCUUCAAUGCUCCAGCUCUACAAUUCGCCGACUCAGCACGCUGUCAGAUCACACCCCAACCAACUUCGACUCCAAUGUCUGUUGAACGAACUCUGGCAUGAUCACACUGAAAGGACUUCUUCGGAGCCCUUGGUCUACCUCGACGGUGUUCGAGACAGACCCCCACAGCAACCAUUCCUCGGAUUGGGUCCGCAUGUCGAUGCUGGAAGUUUGAGUCGUUGGUUAGAUCCUGCAUACCGCCGGUCCUACUCGGCUGUCUUCGGGGGUAAGAGCGGAGAGUGGGACUGUUGGGAUCUGAGUGUGCGUCAAGACGCUGUUCAAGAUCUUUUCAAAGCUCCUGCCCACUCCAGCGUUUUUAGAGCGUUCCAAGGGUGGACCGCACUAACACCAUCUGGACCACACAGAGGGUCUAUUCUUCUUUAUCCCAAUGUCAGCGCGGUGAUGGCUUAUGUGUUGCUCAGACCAUUCUUCUGCCCACCAGAGGACCCUAUGGAGGUGAUGGAUGCGAGCAAAUGGUCUUUCGACGAAACCGGUUGCUCUUUCCCAGGUACCAUGAAGGAUCAAAGUCAGCGAUUGAGUCGCACCUCACACCCACAUCUACGCCUAGAAGAAUGUCUUGUCCAUGUUCCGGAGAUCAUGCCAGGUGAUACUGUGUGGUGGCAUAGUGAUGUCUGUCAUGCCGUGGAUCCAGAACACGAAGGUUCAGAGAAUGCCUCUGUUGUUUAUGUCGCUGCCUGUCCUACCACACCCACAACAAAAGAGUACGUCAAACAGCAGUUGGCAGAUACACUGGCUGGCUUCCAGCCAAAAGAUGCCAAUGGUGACUUGAAGGAGUCAAUGUUGGCGGGAUACCAGGGACAUGCAUCUUUGAGCGAAGAAGCACGCAAAGCUUUUGGAUAUUACCUGUAG